CACUGCGAUUACAAAACAACUGGCGUGCAAAUAUGAAGCCGAAACUAAAAUCCGGUGGAGGAUUUUUCUCCUUUUUUAAGACUGAACUAGGACGACGACUGGUGUUUUAUACGGCAGGAAGCACAACAGUUGCACUGUUUGUGGGAAAUUUCCUGCCCCACACAUUCGGCCUGAAGUAUUACCAGCAGUUUGUGCAAUGCUAUCAAAAUGGUGUGGAGCGUCCUGUUCCACCGGAUGUACAGCAGCGCCUGGAGAAGGCGGAGGAUCUGCUAGGACUGGGUCCCUUUGAGCGCAAGUUCGUGAAGCCCUUCACAGUCUUCGGAUUCGAUCUCUUCCAGGCGGGCACGACCAAGAUGCGUUUCGGCGGUGCCGUGGGAAUACCCGUUAACUAUGGGUACACCAGUCCGGAAGAGAUAAAGCGGGCGGAUAUUCGCUUUAGGGAUCAGCAGAUCAACUGGAGUUCCCCCAGCGGCAAGCUGUUGGAAGAGGCCAUCGUCCUGAACGAAGAUGAGCAGGUUUUCGGAUUGACUAAAACUGUGCUGCAGCUACAGACCCAUCGAGUGUUGCUGAAUUCCAUAUUCCCCAGUGUUAGCUUCCUCAUGGUGUACACCAUGGGUCACUACCUGAACCUGCGACUUAAUCUAUUUGCCCGCCAUGGAAGUAUCCGUUUCGUUCUGUACAGCAUCCUUGGACUUUUUGGAGUCGGUAUGUGGUCCUUUAUGAAAGACUUUAACCAGGUCUCCACGGAUGCUGAUAUUGACAAGACACUGGCGUCCAUGGGUCCCAAAUUUGUAGCUGCUGGGGUCAGCUACUAUGAUAAGCAUUUGAAAAAGAACAUUGCCCUGAGGGACCUAAUUGGAGACGACACCUACACUGCCUUGGGAAACGAAAACUACUUGUUGCGACAAAAGUCAAUGCCAUUGACUGCCCGAAAAUCGUUCUUUUUGGAGAAGUUGGAGGAACUGAAGAAGGCACCUGAAACCCAAUAAAUAGGUUAUACGUUGUUUUUAUUGCA